UCUCACAAGUCUAUAAAAACUAAGCAGAUAGGAAAAGGCUAUCAGAAAGCGUAUCAAAGCAGGAGGCAGAUAAAGUUCCUUCAGCUCUCCAUUGCCCUCCAUCUGAAGAGGCUCUGUGUUAGCCACAUUUGUCAUGAAAAUUAAAGACAGAUGCAGAGGAGAUGGAAAUUCAAGUGAUAUGAGCACCUUCAGUAUUUCAGACAAGACUGGGUUUGCCUCAGCUGCUACUACAACCUUUCAGAUAAGUGAACCUCAAAUCCGGAGAAAGCCAUCCACAUGCUGUGCUCGGACUACCCUUGUCAUCUACCUGCUGCUGCUGACAGUUGGCCAAGUGCUGUUGGCAUACAAAGUGUUUAAGAUGAAGGAGGAGAUACUGAAAUGUCAGGAAAAUAAUGCCUUCCAUGCUGAAGAGAUGAUAGGAAGAUCCUAUGCUGACAACCUUCUUUUGGAGAAAAACUUCACAGAGAGGGACAUGGGACGUGAAGAAAACUGGAGGAGACGCUUAGAAAAGGAAAUCGCCGUAAUUAAAAGCAGCAAUGCAAACUUGAUGAUGAUGAUGAGCAACAUCACCCUGCUUGCAGGGCGUCCUGGAUACAAAGGAGAACCUGGUCCACCAGGGCUACGGGGACCACCAGGACCACCGGGGAUAAAGGGAGACCGAGGAAUUCCAGGCUUACAGGGCAGUAAAGGAGAUCGUGGUCCCACCGGUCCAAGGGGUGAACAAGGAGAAAAAGGAAUAAAAGGACAAGCAGGAAUUCCAGGUCAUGUAGGGCAGAAAGGUGAAAUGGGCCAGAAGGGCGAUCCAGGCAACCGCGGAUCCAUGGGUCCUCCAGGAAACCAGGGAGUGCCAGGACAGCCAGGCUUCAAUGGUAGUGUGGGAGAGCCCGGACGUCCUGGGCAGAAAGGAGAAGCAGGCCCAGCUGGAGAACGUGGCCUCCCAGGACCUCCUGGCCCCAGCAGUCCUGGGGUGAAGGGGGAGAAAGGGGACCUCGGGCCCAAGGGCUCCCAAGGAAUGCCAGGCAGUAUUGGACCCAAAGGUGAAAAGGGAGACAAAGGAGUUCCAGGUACUGUAGGGCCAAAAGGAACAAAGGGAGACCAGGGCCCACAAGGCAUCCAAGGUCCAACUGGUCAAAAAGGAAGCAAGGGUGAUUAUGGCAGUAAAGGUCUAAAAGGUGAACCAGGUGUAAAAGGAGCCAAAGGAGACCCAGGAAACCCAGGUUACUACAACAACAUACGAAUCGCAGGAGGGGGCAGGAGGGGUCGCGUGGAAAUCUUUCACCAAGGCUCCUGGGGAACGAUAUGUGAUGAUGGCUGGGACAUCCAGGAUGCCUCUGUAGUCUGCAGAAUGAUGGGGUACAGCCGUGCCAUCUCUGCCUUCACUGCAAAUGGAGGCACUGGGCAAAUUUGGCUUGAUGACGUGAACUGCAGAGGGAGUGAACAUUCUAUUUACCAGUGUAACAAAUCUGACUGGGGCACACACAACUGCUCCCACAAUGAGGACUCUGGGGUGGAGUGUAUCUAAUGGGACAUAGGGCUGACCUAGGAACCGCUGCCCCCUCGUGUGCUCUGCAGAACCCCUGUUCAUUGCAUCCAUCCAGCUUCUUCACACAGGGGGAACUCCAUUUUCCAUAAAUCAGCAAAAAUAGCAAGACACAAAUAAUGUGAGGCAUCCCAGCUGUCAGAAAUCAGCAGGAGCUCAGACGUGAUCAACUGCACGGCUUUGCCACCUGCCUGGCAGUAGCCCACCUGCAGCAGCUGUAGAGUUUCUCUGCUUUAGCUCAGUGCAAUAGGAGGGAACAAGAGAAGCCUGCAGAAUGAGCUGCAGCUUAGCUGGCCAGCCUUUAACACAGUGCUGUUGUCAAUCUGGCCUAAAGCCCAUUGUAAAGACCAUGUACUCAAGACAGAAAUCAUUAAAUGAUCUUUUUUGGUACGCAAACACAAAGUUCUUCAGAUGAGAUGAUGAUCACAGGUCAAAAUGCAACCAUACCAGCAUGGAAUCCAGUUUUAGCACAGAUCUUGUGUUUGACCUUGGUGAAGUCUCCUGCCUUCUCUGACAACGUUUCCUAACUUGUUUCCCAGAAACAAAACCCUCACCUUAGAAAUGAGAUCCACUAAAACAAAGAGAUAAUGAGUAAAAGCAAUAAGGAUGAAGUAUCAACUAAUUAUCCUUUCACAGUGAAACUAUGGUCCCUAAACCAAAGGCUUCUGCCUUAAAUGAAAGUCUUAUGUGUCUGAGAUAAUAAGUGAAAGACUUCUCUUUCUUAAAGCCUAAACUCUUCCCCUUUUUAACAGCACUGGGCAUUUGGCAGGUGACAAGAAGCCUGUACAUAAACAGCUGUGCACAUUGCAGCAACCCGCUUGCUAACAGUGUAUUUAACAUGUCAGAAAUGGCUGUAAGCAACCCCACAUCUCUGCAUCAACAUUAGCCACAACUGCAUUUAUCUACACAGCUUCUAGAAUCAAUUUUGGUGCUCACAAACCCAGAUCUAAGUGGAAAAGCUGAGUGGUGCUGGUAAGAACAGCAGGUGACCAUAUGUAAAUAAAGUACUGUCACUGCUAGGGAAUAAAACAUUUACAAGCUGUAUUCUUUCUGUCUUGUCACAGCUGCAGGUGCUGCUUGCAUUCCCAUUUCCUCACUUUGCUUGCUAACGUAAGAUGUUCCGCAUUAGGCAAAACUGCCAUAAAAAGGAAAGUCGCCAUGUAUCCAGUGGUGACCCUUAAAUCCUCCAAAAUCUCAUUUCUGGACAAUAGGCAGCUGGGAAAUAGCUGCUGUGCCACAAUAAAGGUCAAUCAGCAAGGGUUAUAUGUAUACACUUCCAGAUGCCAGAAACAAAAUUUCAAAGUCCACCUUUAGCAGAUUCACACGUUCACACUAAAUUCCCCCCUUUAAAUUCAGAUUUCAGACAGGCAGUUCUUCCUCUGGUAUAAAUUGUGAUACUCACUGCUACGCUGUGUUUUGGCUGACCAAGAAAAGCCCUUAUUUGACUGAAAAAAAAAAAAAAAUGGAUUUCACUCAGAACUCCAAGACAAAACUAGAACAAGAAGAUAUAAGUUAUCCAAACAGCAGGUAAUAUAUCAGAUAAGCACUUUGCAGAUCACCAAAAGCACAAGUGAGCUGUAACAGAAAUGCUAAGUCAUGGUUUGAGCCAGUAAUUGAACACCUAGUGGAAAGGCAGGGCCAACCCAGGGGAACUCAGGUGCAUGCAAUGUUCCUGUGUGACCAAAAGAGCUGGAGCCAGGAUCCACCUCUUCCCAGACCUCAUUUAAGUGUUGGCAGAGGGUGGUGCAGGUAUCUCUCUGGAGAUCCUUGCCUACCUGAGGCUUUCUGAAGGUUAGCAGCUUCUUUCCCUUAUUUUUGCGUCUACAGCUGUUGUGUUUAAGUGAAUCCUCGCUUGCUGCAGCCUGGGAUCUUUCUGCUCUGCUGUCAUCACUGUGCUUUCCAUCAUGUUACACUGGCCGUACACCAGCACCUAGACCAUAGCCAGCCUGCUGUGACACCAUACCCCAUUACAGCUGACAGAGGUUUAUUAUUGACUAAAGAUGCUGCUUCCCGACACUAAGUGGAGCUCAAGGGCUACCACCCACCCUGCUUCCGCUAUGCUGGCACUGCACAGCCUCCAGUUGUCCCAGACCUGGCCAUGCUAUGCCCUGGUGAAUGUGUUUCGAGUACCAGCAUCCCUCCCUGCUUCUUUUCUCCUUACAGCAAGCCUUCACUCCCACAUCCUGCAUUCCAAUGGGAACCAGAAGGGACACAAAUGUGCUUGUUCCCUUUGACAGGCUAUAGUACACACACUUGGAACCCAAGCAGUCAGCCUAAAGUUGUGAGAUAAGGUGAGGAUUCCCAGUGACCCAAGUUGCAUCCAGCCAGUCCUCCCAGAAUAGUAUUUUGAAAAAUAAAAACUGAAAAAAUGC